CACAAGUUUAAAAAAUAAUGAUCAGAGUUUGCCAGAAAAUGCGUGAUGUACGAAGUUAAUACACCCAUUUUAAGAGCAGCUUGCACGUGACCGUCUAUUUUUCGGCUACACACCUGCUAUAUUGCGGUGUCGACGACAUACUUUGAAUGAGGAGACAAUAGCAAUGGACCGCUUCCUCUCCCAACUUUCGUUCAGCCACGAUGCAUCUGCUUCUUACACAGUAUAUGCCGUAUGGCUUGGUACCCUCAGUAUCGGCCUCUACCUAGCCUACCAAUGGGCGUUGCCAAAACCAAUACCCGGGAUUCCUUACAAUACAGAAGCUGUGAAGACAGUGUUUGGCGACGCGCCCUCUCUGGUAGAGCAUACGACCAAGACACGGGAGCUAUAUUCUUGGAUGGUCAAACAGAACAUAAAACUUCAAUCUCCAAUUAUUCAACUCUUUGUCCGGCCGCUGUCAAAGCCAUGGGUUGUUAUUGCAGACUUCCAAGAGGCUCAAGACAUUCUGAUCCGUCGCACAAAAGAAUUUGACAAGUCAAUCUGGUUCAAGGAUGUUGCUGGUGCUGUUAUGCCUGAAAGCCAUAUCUUUAUGAGAACGACUCCUCGAUUCAAGCAGCAUCGCCGGAUAAUUCAAGAUAUUAUGACCCCUGGGUUCCUGAACAACGUUGCCGCAUUACACAUUCAUAACGUCGCGAAGGACGUUAUUCGUCUCUGGGAGCAAAAGGCUAGAGUCACCAAAUCACAUCCAUUUGCCGUCAUCCAGGAUGUUCAUUAUGGAGCCCUGGACGCUAUCUGGUCCAUCAUUUUCGGAGAAGACUCAUCAAAUAAUACAACGCGGACGCAAUUGAAACUAUAUUCAACCAUCAAUUCUGUUGAACUUCCUAGCAAUAAGGAAUCAGAGGUAGAUCUACCACGCGCAGAGUCUCCUGUGACAGUCCAAUCUGUCAUGACCCUGACCCAGAGUAUAGACGCAAGUCUGAAGUCGCCAGUGCCUGCAUUAGCACAUUGGGUUUAUAGGCAGGGUUCUGAUAUGAAAAAGGCCUUCAAGACCAAGGAGGAAUUUAUUCAAAAGGAGGUUCAGCGGUCUCGGCAAAGGUUCGAAGAACAGGCUGGCAAGAUCGAGGUUCGGUGUGCAGUGGAUAACAUACUGCGACGAGAAGCUAUCUUUGCAGAGAAAGAAGGGCGGAAAGUGGACUUCCACUCCAGGGAUGUUUAUGACGAGGUAUGAUUUCGCUAUUCGUGCUGCAGUUGAGAGGCUUACCAAAUCCACAGGUCCUCGGCCUUCUAAUUGCUGCUCACGAUACGACAUCCACUUCGAUCCUAUGGGCGCUCAAGUUUCUGGCCGAUAACCAAGACGUACAGACGAAGCUUCGAGAAGCCCUUCGAACAGCACACAUGGGAGCAGUAGCAGAGAAGAGGUAUCCAACUUUCCAGGAAAUCGUGAAUACUACUUCACAUUAUAGGGAUGCCGUUGUUGAAGAGAUAUUCCGCGUCUCUCUCACCGAGGCUGCCGUCUGCCGCACGUCCUUGGUCGACACAGAAAUCCUAGGCCAUUUUGUUCCAAAGGAUACCGAGGUCUUUUUCAUGUGUAACGGCCCCAGUAUCUUCUCGUCGCCCUUCGUCAUUGAUGAGUCGACACGCAGCGCAACAUACGUCAAAAGCAGUACCUGCAACUGGGACCCGGCUCAUAUGGCCGCCUUUGACCCCGAUAGAUGGCUCGUGGACCGAGACGGACAGAAGGUGUUUGAGCCAUCAGCAGGCCCAUUACUCGUCUUCAGCCUUGGAGAACGUGGCUGUUAUGGUCGCAAAAUGGCAUAUUUGGAAAUGAGGCUUUUUCUCACUAUGCUGGUCUGGGCUUUCGAUUUUCAAGAGUGUCCGAAGGGUUUGAGCGGUUAUGGAGCAAUUGAUAAGCUUGUCCAUGCACCACAGCAGUGCUACAUUAAGCCUGUGAAGCUGGCCCUAUAGUAUGCACCCCAGGAAGAUUGUUUAGGGAUCAAUUCAGACUUUAGUAUUGAGUGUAAGAACAAUUCGUUUUUUGGCCUAUCAUAA